AUGAACGACCGUCCUGGGACAAUACCUGCGGCUGCGCCAUCCCAUCCACGCCGUCCACCAGCCCACAAAUCCGUCUCUCUUCGGCAUAGCCCGCCUCAGUCUGUGCCAAGGCGUAGGGCGAAAGAGUCGACCACAACCCGAAGCUCACCAACUCUGGCGAGCGACAAGGCCAACCCGCCAUCGAGCGUCUCGCCACAGCUUCUCGCCAACAAGACCAGUUCCGGAGAGAGCAGCGACGCCGGACAGUGGUUCGAGAAGACAAACAACACGGCCAGCCAGGGCAAGCCCUCUUUCGUCGACAACGAACCGCCUUUCUUCCUUCGAAACUCGUCCUCGUCCGAGACGCCGCCCGACAACUCCCAGUACGCUUAUGCACGUUCCGCCAUCCCAUACCGCCCAGGCCUCGGCCAAAUGGGCACAGAUGGCAGCAGCACCGAGGACUUCCGAAGCGUCAUUGACGACCUGACUGUUGCAAACAAGAAACUCAAGCAGAGACUGAGGAAGUACGAGAAGCUUUACGAUGCCCACCUACAGGAGGAGAAGUUGUUUGAAGUCAGGUUUCACGGUCUGCCAGACCACAAGAAGAAGGAACUCGAGGAGACUCUGCGCAAGUUCGCCUCUGAGCUUGACGAAGGCACCGCCAAUGAGUACGCCGACAUCUCAGCAUACACGCCGGCGCUCCAAACACACAACACCGCUUCUUCAACGUCACGAUUUGCCGAGUCGGGCUACGCCUCCCUGUCCGCAUCUGGCCACAAGUCUUCGGCAACUAACCAAGACAACGACCGUCGCAAGAUGACCAAGUCCGCAUACAGCCGUCAACAAGAAACCAUUCAUUCUUAUCUUCACGACAUCCCCAUGGGCCUGCUACCCAACAACAACAAGAGCGCUCCCAUGACUGACAAAUCAAAGAAGAAGAUGGUCGUGCGCCGUUUGGAGCAAAUCUUUGCUGGCAAGCGGUCGGCAGCCGGAUCUCAUCCACAGCAAAUGCAGCAACAGGAGGUAGCUCAGUCAGCAGCUACAGCGGACCGCGAGCAGCGGGAAGCGACUGGACAGAACUACAAGCCCGAGGGUCUGCGCGAAGCACGCAUAAGGAAUGAUCACAGUGCCAGUGCUGCUGAAGAGAAGGGUACCCCUCAGGAUGAAGUCAUCCAGGGAUUCCGCCCCAGUCUACACAUUGAGGAACAUGACUUUGCCGGCUCAGGCUCAUCUCCUGAUCAACGACCGACACGACCGCUCGACUUGGACCCUUACCGUGCUCAGGUGCCCACAGAAAAUAUGGACUAUAUUCGCCAUCUUGGAUUCACCCCACCAGACAUGAACUCCGGAGAAGCACCUCUCGGCCAUGGAUGGAUCUACCUCAACCUGCUCAUCAACAUGGCGCAACUACACACUCUGAACGUGACACCCGAGUUUGUCAAGGAUGCCUUGCAUGAGUACAGCACUCAUCUCGAGAUAUCUCGCGAUGGGCGCAAGAUUCGAUGGAAGGGCGGUCUCGACGUCACCAAGCACAGCGGCGACAGCUUGUCGGAGCAUUGGAGUGGUGCAUCACCAAACGAGACUGGCUCCGUGUCGCCAUUCAAACGCAUGAAGACUGGCACGAGCGGCACCAGUAGUGAACUGCUUGACGAGUCUGGAAAAGCAAGAAAGUUAGCUCGGGUCCAGCGGGAGAAGGAACAGAACAAGUUUGCCUACAAGCCUCUUUUCUUCCAUAAGGAUGAUUCGGAGAACGAAGAUGACUUUUACGGUUUCGACGCCGAGUCUUCAGCCAAUUAUUCUUACCAGCCGCAACCUGCUGGAAACUCCUCAGGUUUCAGCAGCUCCAUCAUGCAGAGCUCUUCAUCAAAGCCUCGCAGACGCGAUGACGGACCCAUGAUUUUCUAUACAAAAGCCAAGUUCUGCACUGAUCUGAGCGGUGAUCGUAACGGAGCAUUCCUCACAAUGCCUGGCAACUAUCAACCAAUUACAACUCAGCCUCUCGGUGCUACACAGAGCAGUCUACCACAGACCAAGGCAUCCUUGGAUCUGGUCGAGCCCCGAGGCCCUUUGGACACUACGCCAAUGGACGUUGACUCCGUUAGCGGAGCACGCACUGUUUCGAGCGGAGAUGAUCUUGGCUUCUCGCCAGAGGCCCUGAGGAACGACAGCGGAAACACUAGCCCAGAACUAAUGGACUUUGAAGCUUCAGGUCUGGGUGGUGUACAGCCAGAAGACAACUUCUCCAUCCACAUCCGCCGAUCCCAAGUACCGACCGCACCAUCUCAUGUCGCCGCCCGUCGCUGGUCAAACUUAUACCCCAAGGCCAUCCAGGACGCACUCCACUCUAAACAAUCAUCUCCCGAGGUUGAGUCUCCUAGAUCAAGUCCCCAGCGUGUAAUCGAAGAGAGAAUCCUCUCCGCAUCACGGAAAAACCUUCCCAGCUCUACCCUUCCCCCCGCGUCCUUUCUUCCCUUGGACUCCUGCUCUUCCGGCGACGUCGACUCAGACCUCGCAUCCGACGCCUCCUCCGAACCCGACAGCGACUCGGACUCCGGCAGUCCCACAACCGCCAUGCAAAUCCUCAAUAUCGCCCCCAUCGCCUCCGACGUGUCUGAAGGCUCAGAGUCCGACUACGAGGAUAGCGAUGACGGUUCCGUAGAUUUACUUGCUACGGCUCGCCAACAGGAUCCUUCGGCUGUGAGGGCUAGUGAGCGCGAAUACGACGCCGCAUUGGCUGAUCGACUGGCUGAGGAGAUUCCUGCUGGUAGUUCCGCAGCAACUGCUGGUGGCGGAAGCGGUUUCAACAGUCCUGUUGGCGGUAUUCGCGAAACUGUCAACUUGGCGAAGAAAGCGAGCAUGGCCAGCAGCAGUGCAAGCAGCAGCAGGGUUGGUCCAUCGCCGGGUUUGAAGAGGGCGAGGACGAGCGAUUCUUUUACUCAGCCGCCGAAGAAGAGUCCCAAGAAUAGGCGCAUGGGGGAGUGA